AUGGCUGAUGAUCCUCAAGAUGUGGCUGACAGAGAGCGCAUUUUCAAGAGUUUCGAUGCCAACGGCGAUGGCCAAAUCUCUUCAUCAGAGCUUGGAGAAGCACUGAAAACACUUGGAUCAGUGACAGCAGAAGAAGUGCAAAGAAUGAUGGAAGAGAUUGACACAGAUGGGGAUGGCUACAUUUCCUAUGAGGAGUUCACAGAAUUUGCCAGAGCCAACCGUGGCCUAGUGAAGGAUGUUGCCAAGAUUUUUUAA